AUGUACAGAUCAGAUUCGGAAUCGGAUUUAACUUCAACAGCAACAAAUACUACGACAUCUCGUAUGACAAAGUCUACGAGUGCGUUUGAUUUAUCUGGGCAAUCCUUGAGCAAACCAACUAGUUUUUACAAAAAUCAUAAAUAUCCAACCUAUAUGCAAAAUUUACCUAUUUGUAAAUCAUUGCAACGAGCUGAAGAAGUUAAAAAAUUAAAACAUUUAGUGUAUCAAAGAGAAAAAGCAACUGAUAGAAUUAAAAAUGAUAGAAAUGAAUUGUUGGAUUUGAGGACUUGCUUGAUUGCAUUCAUAAAUAUUAAUCAAAAAGUUUCAAACCUUUCAUCAUUUGUGGAGAGAAACGAAUUGAAGGCACUCUAUCAAAUCAUAAGAACUGAUAGAGAUGACUUGAGAAAACAAGUGAAAGAUUUAGAAAAUGAGAAAUCCACUCUCAUUUCUGAUAUUCAAAAAUUGAACGAGAGUCUGAAUCAACUUGAUCUUGAUGUACAGAAAUUCCACUCUUCUAUUGAAGAAAACUUUAAAUCGAAUUAUUCCAUUGAUAACAUUCAUGAGAGGUUUGCUGAUAUUGAUAAGGAUGACCAGAAUGAAUCUUACAACAUCCCAUGUACACACCCAACUCUUUUGAGAGGAAUGUUACACAUUUAUACAAAAUAUUUAGCUUUUGAAUCUAUUGUAAUAAUGGGAUCAAAGGAAGAAAGAACGUUAGUGAUCCAAAUUGAUAAUAUUCAACAAAUGAGCAAGUCACACAGUCUUUUGCAUGACUGUGGCAUUAUUUUACACGUAACUGGUAAAUCUAAACAAAAUGAAAAGAUUGAAUUUUCAGAGUUUAAGAAUACAGAAGAAAGAGAUAAGGCUUUCGAUUUAAUUUUUGGAUUGGCAUUCAAUGCCAAAGAAUAG